AUGGCCUUGGUGUUGAGAAAUUUUAAAAAGUUCAUGAAGAAGAAGUAUUACAAGAAAGGUGGUGAUGACAAGAAGAGGCCAUCACAAAGAAGAUGCUAUGAGUGCAAGGAGGUGGGCCAUUACAUUGCCAAUUGCCCACAAUUGAAUAACAAAGAAAAGGAGAAGAAGAGGUACAAGGAGAAGAGCAAGGACUACAAGAAGAAAUAUCAAGGUCAUGCUCAUCUUGGUCAAGAGUGGGGGUCAAGUCAUGAUGAAAACUCUGAUCAAGAAGAUAUGGCAACUCUAGCGAUACCCAAGUCAUCGAGAAAGCUCUUCAACAACAUCUCCGAAGAUGAAGAUGACACUCCUAUUUGCCUCAUGUCAAGAGGGAAUAAGGUAUAA